UCCCCAAGCUCCAAUCACACUACUAAAACGGUAAUUUUCUUCUGUAAUUAUCCAAAAUUCCCUAAUUACUUACCCUUUUUGGUGUAAUUUUAGGUGCAAAUAUUAAACAAGAAUAUGAAUGCCCUAGUGAAUGAGUUCAUAAUCAAGCUUAAGAAACGGAAAAUUGAGGGGUCGAAAGCAACAGCAAAAUUAACAGCAGAAGUGUUACGGUCGUGUAUAUCGCAACAGAGACUACCUCAUACCCAUCAGGCAGCUGCUCUCAUUGAUGCAAUCAGAGCUAUUGGGGAAAAAUUGAUUGCUGCUAAUCCAGUUGAGCUCGCCGUCGGUAACAUUGUUAGGCGAGUUCUUAACAUUAUAAGGGAGGAGGAUGUAUCUUUGACUACUGCUGCUGUUGGUGGGUUGGGUGUAUCGGCUGAAAGUGAUGAUGAAGAUGAUUUCAAGCAAGAUGAUCAUCCAGGUUUAUCUGCCGCAGCUGUGGCUGCUGCUGCUAGAAGCACCUUGAGACCACCUUCCUUGCAGACCCUCCUUGAAGACAUCCCACAAUCAACAGCUGUACCUCAUACAUCAUCUUCUGGUGGUGAUUCUGAAGGAAAAAGCAAAUCUGCUGAUAAGAAUUCAACGAGCAGGAAACUAAAGCAUAAUGUCAUUGAGGCUGUUAAUGAACUUAUUCAAGAUAUUGCUACUUGCCACGAACAGAUUGCUGAACAAGCAGUUGAGCAUAUCCAUCACAAUGAGGUAAUCUUAACUUUAGGCAAUUCAAGAACGGUGAUGGAAUUUCUAUGUGCUGCAAAGGAAAAGAAGAGAUCUUUCCGGGUUUUUGUGGCAGAGGGUGCCCCAAGGUAUCAGGGACAUGCCCUUGCAAAAGAAUUGGUUGCAAGGGGCCUGCAGACCACGGUGAUCACUGAUUCUGCUAUUUUCGCAAUGAUCUCGAGAGUCAACAUGGUUGUAGUUGGAGCCCACGCUGUCAUGGCUAAUGGUGGGGUUGUUGCACCUGUUGGAAUGAACAUGGUGGCUCUAGCAGCUCAAAGGCAUGCUGUUCCCUUUGUUGUUCUUGCAGGCACUCACAAGUUAUGUCCUUUGUAUCCGCACAAUCCAGAGGUCUUGCUAAAUGAAUUGAAGUCACCAGCUGAGCUACUGGAUUUUGGGGAAUUCUCAGAUUGCCUCGAUUUUGGGAGCAGCUCUGGUUCCCCUCUACUUCAUGUUGUGAAUCCCGCAUUUGAUUACGUCCCACCAAAUCUUGUUAGUUUGUUUAUAACAGACACGGGUGGACAUAAUGCUUCAUACAUGUACCGGCUCAUAGCUGACUAUUAUUCUGCUGAUGAUUUUGUGGUGAAACAGAUCGAUUUCUUGAAAUAGUAUCAAGCUUCAGCUGUUCUAUAAAUAUUAGUGAGUCGAUUGAUGCUCAGGUAAUUCAUUCAACUGAACCUAAAACAAGCUGCAGGCAAGGAGUCCUCUCCUGGAUUUAUUACAAGUACAUGAUAAGACCGAAUUAAACAUAUAGCCAGAUGAAGUUCCUGUAAAGACGCUUGAACAACAGGCAUUAUAGUCAAAAUGUCAAGUUUAGUAAUCAUAUUCUUUUUCAUUUGUCCAAGAGGCUACACCUAUAUUGUACUGACUGCAAUAAACAGAUGAAGAGAGCCUCCCGAUUUUGGAGUGUAGAUUGUUUUUGAUAUUAGAUUUGUGCUUGAAUUGUGCUUUGGGAUAUAUGCAGCGCACUUUUUAUGGGCU